UUGGAGGCUGGAUAAGACAGCAGAUGGUGUCUACGCGACAACAAUAGCUUGUGCCUAUCUAUCUAUCGCAUUGUAAUCCCAACUUCCUGUCUGUACGAGAGACUACGGUGUGCAGGCCUAACGCGAGAAUCGCCAAACCCGCACCUAUCUAUUCAGAAAGAUUGCCAUGCUAAACUCAAAAUACUGCAGACAGACUCGCGUGUAUUGAUCUUAUCGCAACAAUUCGGAACCUAAUGAUACCCUCGUCACCAUAACUUCAUCCCUUCACUUAAUUCACCACCCACCCAUACACUCACUCACUCACUCACUCACUGACCCACCCACCGCAACCGCAACCGCGAUCUUCUCUUUCAUGAUCACAGCAUCAAGCUUCGCGUGCAACAUUCGAAAGUUGCAUGAAAACGGAAAACCAUGGAGGAGGCAACCAAGACGAUUGACACUCUAGUAAAAAACAUAUUACCCUUCAAAGCACAUUACCUAUCACUCGACACUUCGCGCCGAUAUCCACCACACGCCGACGACAAGCGGUUAGAAGAACAGGAUAUCAGGCCUCUACAAUACACAACAUUUGUUAGCGACGCAGACCGUGGAAUUAUCCUUACUAGGGCAUACUUCGACAUACGAGAAGAGACCGCUACUCCUGCUAAUGCGACUAGUACACCGACACCUCGAAGAAACGACCCCAAUAAUAAACCCAAGACAAAGUUAUCUUUGAAAGACUACAAGAACAGGAAGAAGUCACCUGGCCCCGACGGCGAAGAGCCGCCUAAAUCAGCCGCGCUGCCUAUCAAGGCGAGUGCGCCUUUGAAGAAGGUAGCGGAACCUACUCCAAAGGAUAUGGAGGACCGCCGUGGAGCUAGGAAAGGAGUACCUGAUGGGAAGCCUGACAUGAAAUCCGAGGCGCGGCAUGGUCGUAGUCCUUCACUGGACAAAAAGAGACGAAUCCCAGAGGCAGAACCAGACUCCAAGCCGAUGAAACGACCCAAGGUUGAGAAUGCGACACCCAACUCUACAAGUUCGCGUUCCAUAAGAGACAACUUCUCUCUAAAACCUGAGCGGCAGGCACCAAUAGAAAAGAAACCAUCAAAAGACUUGAAACCUCACCCCGUUGCUAACGGAAAAUCAGCGCUGAGUAGUACAGGGAGCAAAGGUGUCUCACCCAAACCUGGCGCUCUUGUGAAUGGCUCUCAGAAGCCUGUUAAGAAUAAGGAUGGAGCGGAGAAGAAGACAGAAAGUAACCAUAAUACGAAGGGGAACCAUUCAUCCAAUUACUUACCGCCCUUACUAUCACCCAUUGACAUAACAAACUACGUGGAUGACGACUCCAAAGCACCGCGUCCUAGCCCUAAGAAGAAGCCAGCAGAUUCGAAUGGCCUCAAGCCUCCGCCGAAAAAGAACCAAGAUCAUGAACUAUCUCCAAGUCCUAAGAAGCGGAAAAUUCCACCUCUUCUGUCCCCAACACUACCCCCCAUUGUUCUAGAAGAAUUGGCGUUGGCAAAAGCGAAUAAAUCGAAGGAUCUGAGUCAAAGGAAUAGUCAAGUAUCCGACUCACCCAAUGGACAAAAGAAGACGGUGAAGAUAUCAAAACGCGAGGAGACGAUCCAUGUUGAUAGCAAUAAAGGACAGCGGGAUUCGCUUAUGGUAUCGUUGAAAUACAAGAAACGAAUUGCGAAAACCGUAGCGCGCCUCUUGAACUUACCCCCAGGCGGAAGAAGGAAGGCUGAUCUACUAAAGACGGAGGAACGUGCUACCCGCGAUCGUUCCAAUAGCUUGGAACCCGGCACUGCACGUAAGCGUCCCGUUCCCGUGGUGGACACUAGUGAAGCGUCCAAACGACCGAAGGCUUCGGACCCGCGCCCCUCGACGCCCCCGAGACAAUCAUCCGCAAUGACGCGGGUCGCAUCCAAUAGCUCCCAGGCUGGAACUCCAGGCGUAGCAAACGGCCUCACCCCUGCUGCGCAGCCACCUGAGCGCCGUCGCCCAUUCGCCGAUCCAGAGAAGCUACAGAAGUUACAAUCUCGGGCAGCAAAUUUCAUACAGCUCGCUACUAAAUUAAAACAUGAGCGAGAUGCAGUCUUGAAAAAGCCAACCGAGGGAGUUUCUGAGCGUGACCGUCAAGUUGCUAUCGCCGCCGGCAUCCAGUGCCUAGUUUCCUUCCUACUUGGUUUCAAACUGCAGAGCGAUGCUUCGGAUCUCGAGCGCAAACCCGGUUCAACUAGGUCGUUGAGGGAAUUACUGAUGCUAUUCCGAGUUACUAGGUCGGAUUGUGCCAGGCAUAACUCAUUAACCGCGCUAGUAUUACGCCUCCAGGGCAUAUGUCUUGUGUAUAUUGGCCGUAUAAUGUGGUCAUAUCCUCCCGACCCUGACCAUGUGAAGGAAAUCCUCACCAACUCCAAGGAGCAACAAGAGACCUGGCGACUAGCUGACAACGCACGCAGAGCUAUGGGCGUCUAUGAUGGGGCUAGUAAAUCGGGAGAUGGCGGUUCCAUGGGGAAGCUCAUAGAUCGACUAGGCCCAUGGACUAUACCGGAGGAAGCCAUACCUGUCACCCUCGAAGUCCUACGAAAGGUCAUGCAGGCGAAUAGUCAGUGGAAGCCAGCGGAUGCUCUAUGCAAGCUCGGACCCUCCCUAACGAAUGGUGUCACUACUUGAAGUCGAACAAUUACAAAUUUCGCAGGGACAUCGAACGAUGAACCGCGUUGUAAUGUAUAUUAUGAACCAUGAUUCUCACGACAUGAUACCAGACUCCUUGUUUAUUUUUCCGCCUUUGCGACAUACAAUCAUUUUCAAAGUUGGGUAGUCAGGAU